UCGCCGCCAUGUUGCUUUGCAUCCGCUAAAACUCUAGAAUGUGAUAAAACAGGCCUGAAAACCUCGAUUUCAUUUAACUAAUUUAAAAUGGUUGACAUGGAAGCUGUGAGGCAGUUCAAUAGCGAGCUGUCAACAAUUUACGAAACUAAACCACCGAUCUCCAAAGGAAAAGUUGCUUCUAUUACUCGACUAGCAGUUAAGGCCAUCAAGUACUACAAACAUGUGGUGCAAAGCGUGGAAAAAUUCACUCAAAAGUGUCGACAAGAAUAUAAAGUCCCUGCAUUGUACAUUAUAGACUCAAUCAUUCGUCAAUCAAGACACCAGUUUGGCGCAGACAAAGAUGUAUUUGGGCCAAGGUUUGCAAAGUCAAUAACUUUAACAUUCCAGCAUUUGUAUAAAUGUCCUCCAGAAGAUCAGUGUAGAAUAGUGAAGGUUUUAAACCUAUGGCAGAGAAGUGGGGUGUAUCCCCCUGAGGUGGUACAACCAUUACUAAACAUGGCACAGCAACAACAGAAUGAAGAACCAUCUCAGAUCACAUCAUCCUCGUCCUCAUCAGCUUUAAACCAAGGUAACGAAAAUCAGCCAUCAGAAGCCAUGCCUGGGAAUGGGACAACAGUUUUGACUGCAUUACAGCAACAACAACAGCAACAUCUAGAACAAAUUGAAAACCUCCGACGGCAGCUGCAGGAACAGCAGAGUAUCAACCAACAACAACAACAACAGCUAAUUGUGCAACAAAUGACAGGCAUAAGCAAUCCUACGGCAAUGUCAAAACCUAUGACCAUAGAUCAGACACUACCAUUUGGAAAUGUACAGAUCCCGCAGGGUGGAACCCAAAUGCAGGCGAACAUACUUCACCCUCCACAUCAAGAGGUAUUACAACCCUCCCAAGCUGGGGUACCACCAGAGUUGGGUGGAACACAGAACGCUGGUGAUGAUCAGCCAAGGUUUCAGCUGCAGCCGCAUGUGUUGGCACAGAUUCAGGCAUUGACAGGGAUGAAUAUACGACUUCCUCAGGCACUUCCAAAUGAGGGUGAAGUACAAGACACUCCAGCAUCAAACCAACAACCGCCACCUAACCUUGGUCCAGAUGCUGGUGCCACUCCUUUAGGUCAAGGUGUCCUAGAUCAAGGUUCUGCUUGGGGGCAUCCUUCACUGGCACCUCUUGGACGACCCCCUGAACAAACCCCUCAACAGCCUCCCCAAAAAGACCAGGCUGUAAUUGAUGACUUUGACUAUGGAGAUGAACAAGAUGAUGCCACAAGACUUGCCGAGCAGAGGAGACGCUUGAUGGAAGAAGAAAGAAGACUUAGUCAAGACCAAAUGAAAACAGAAAGAGAUCGACACCAUCAGGAUAGGUCACCUGGUCAUCGACGGYGCUCACAGUCACCAUACCGAAGAAAUAGAUCACCAAAACGGAAGUCGCGCUCACCACGGCAUAGGUCUAGAUCACCAAGAAGCAGAGACCGAGGGCGUGACAGRGAUCGUGACCGUGAGAGGGGGCGUGACAGGGACAGAGAUCGCGACAGAGGGAAAGAUAGAGAACGAGAUCGAGAUCAAGAAGAAGUGGAAGAGGGACCCGAAAACAAGGGAUUGCCUCCUGUUGAACCUAAUGCUUGUAGUGUUUGUAGUAAUACUAUCUGGGUUGGUCAUCUAGCAAAGACGGUUCAGCAGGAACAUUUACAGGAAAUAUUUGCAGAGUUUGGUGAAGUGACAUCAAUCGAUAUGGUUCCCCCUCGUGGCUGUGCAUACGUUCAGAUGUCCAAACGAGACGAUGCUAACAAGGCUGUCAGCAGGCUAUCUAACUUACGCCUUCAUGGUAACUUUGUUAAGUUGGCUUGGGCACCUGCGAAAGGAGUGAAAGAUAGAAAGUACAAAGAAUACUUUAAUGUCAAUCUUGGGGUGACCUAUAUCCCAUGGGAAGUGCUUGGUAGUGCUCCUGAUCUAUUGACUAUCGCUGAAGGAGGCUGGAUUGACCCAGAGAGUUUGCCAGCAGAGCUACAAAACUCCUUGAAACAAGCAGAAGCAGGGGAAACUAAAGGUGAUGAAAAAAUGGAAGCAAAAGAGGGGGAACAAGCAAAUCAAUUACCUGCUGGAGUACUCCCCCCUCAAAUGCCUCCCCACCUACCUCCCCCUGGUCAUCCAAUGUUCCCUCCUCCAAUGAUGCCUCCUCAUAUGAUGAUGAGACCUCCAUUUCCGGGGGGACCUCACAAUCCUAACAUGAUGCCUCCAGACAGACCACCAUGGGGAAUGAACGUACCUGGUGCACCCCCACCUGGAUUUGGACCAGGUGUCCCGCCACCGCAAGGCAUGAGACCACCUGGAGGGGGUCAGUUUCCUCAUCAUCAACUUGGUGAGGGCCAUCCACCCUUCCAGCCACGCCUUCCGAUGGGAAUGCCCCCUCAAGGGCAGGAGCCUGGUGGAAUGCCCACUUUUAGACAUAGGUUCCAUCCAGAAGGGCCACAUCCUAGAGGCCCAAUGGAAUUUAAUAGACCACCAAGAAUGGGAGAAGGGCAUCCAAGGGACUUCGAUGGACCCCCUCCACAUAGGGGAUUUAAUGGUCCACCUCCAAGAGGACCUAAUGGACCACCACCCCGUGGACCAGAAGGAAUGAUACCAAGAGGUCUAGAUGGACCUGCAGGUGGAAUGGAUGGGCCUCAGAGGGGUAGAGAUAUGCCUCCACAGGGAUUAGAGGGACCACAUAGGGCAGCAGAAGGUCCCCAUGGCAUGGAAGAAGUACCCCCUAGAGGACCGGAAGGCCCACCAAAUAGACAAGAUGGUCAUACACAAGGUGCUGAAGGACCACCRAGACUGGAAGGUCCUCACCAAGGUGCUGAAGGGCCGUCUGGGCCUCCUCAAAGGCAUCAAGAAGGACCUCCAAGGGGUCCAGAAGGACCAACAACGAGGUUUGAAAAACCUCACACUGGUCUGGAAGGACCGCCCAUGAUAUCAGACCACAUGCCUGGUGGUCCCAUGAGGCCACCAUUUAGAGGAAUGAAUGGUCCACCAGGUCCUAAUGGACCUCCUUCGAGGGGCCCAGAAGGAUUUCCAAGAGAACCUAACUUCCGACAGGAAUUCCGACCUGACUUCCGGGGAGGGCCACAUGGACCCCCACCUAGACACUGGGGACCCCCCCAAGAGAGACCUCCCCACGAGAGACCUCCCCAUGAGAGAUCUAUAGGGAUGCCCCCUAUGAGGAUGCAACAGCCAGAAUGGCUCAGAGGACCUCCUCCACCUGAACGUAUCCAAGAAGAGCGAACGUCGACAGAUACGAGUUUAUCAAACGAACAGCUUUCUGGCCCCAAAGAUGAACGACCUGACCAACGUCCAGAACAACCAGAUCAACAGCCUGAGCGACCGGAUAAUCAGUCAGGUGAUGGGCAGGAUGACAAUGAUCGAGGGCAACGUUUUCGAAGGGAUCGUGACCGAAAUGAGCGCCCACCCUGGGAAAGAGAACGUGAUCGUAGAAGAGAUCGUGAUCGUCCAAGAAGUGGAGAAAGAGAGCGUGAUCGUCCAAGAAGUAGAGAGAGAGAGCGUGACAGUGAUCGCGACAGAAGCCGUGAUCGAGAAACAAGUCGGGAUAGCGAUCGUCAUCGCGAAAUCAGUAGGGAUCGUGAACGAAAUAGGAGUCGCGAUCGUGAAACCAGCAGAGACCGAGAUCGUGACAGACGUGAUCGUGAUCGUGACAGACGUGAUCGUGAUCGACGUGAUCGUGAUCGUGACCGUGGUAGGCGUGAUCGAGAUCGACAACGAAGUCUUAGUGAUCGUGACAGUCGGAAAAGCUCCGACAGUGACAACAAAUACGACCGACAAAAUAAAUCAGAACAAUCGAAAGAGAUUCCAACUACAUCUGAAUCAAAAGAUAACCUUGUUACAGCAACUGGCCCAUCAGAACAGCCCAAAGACCUUGAUCAAUCUAAAAACGAAACUCCUAACGCCAAAGAUCCUCCCAUGGAGCCUGUCAUUCAUAAUAAUAAAAUCUCAGAACCUGAGGAGGGCGAGGUCAUCGAAGAUGAGAACAAUUCGAUUAUCACAUCCGCACAUGAAAAUAAACAAGUAGAGCUUCAAAACGAGGCUGUUAUUGACACUAAAAUCAAAAUUGAAGAAUUGAAAGCGGCCGUGGAAGACCCGCUAAAGACUACUGAAGAUCAAAAGUCAUCCAUUGACAUUGCGAAAAAUAACACUGAAGAAAUGAACACAGCUGAAAUGAAUAUUGAAAUCAAACAAGAAACAAAUUCUGAACAAAUCGUGACAACUUGACGUCACAGGCAGUUACCAUAACGACCUGUAAUUUUUUUUUUUGAUAGAAAAACUGUCCAACUAUGAUCCCAAGCCAGGACGUUUAUCCUAUAGCAAGUAUUGAGAUUGUUUUGGGUAUAUUGGCAAUGUAAUUUAUUCAAUACAAUUGAAUUUUUUAGAAACAUUUCUUAUCAAUCUCUCUGUCAUUCAUAUCUCAAGAAAAUGUCACGAGACUACAAGAAAGCAACUCACAACCACCGUAAAAACCUACUAAAAAGGUUCCUUUCUUGUACGUUGAAGUGUAACCUCUUUGUGCUAGGAUACCGCAAGUGUUGCGUUGUUAGUAGUGAACUUUAAAUUAUCCCUGGUGACAAUAGAUAUUGCUAUCUUCAUCAUGUUGAAUCGGAUUGAACAGGUUUUUAAACUUAUUGCUCAAAGUAUUUCCAAAAGUAAUCAGGGUGAGAGAGGCUGAUGAAGAAGAAGAAGGCGAAGUAUUUUGAAGUGCAAAGCCCAGCAGGUUGAGAAUGAUAAUAUUUUUAUUUGUGCCAUAUUUAAGAGAAAAAUUUGAUUAUAUCAAAAACUACACAUAAUGGACACGGACUGACUAUAACAUUGAAAAGGCAAGAAAGAGGCCAAGGUUGUUGCACAACACUGUUGCAAUUGGAGUUAGUGUUGCACGUAUUACCACCAAGUGCAACAAAUGUUCUGGUUAGAGUAAAAAAAGCUCAUACUCAGGGCAUCGAGCAACAUUUGAAAUGAUGAGUUUAAACAAGCGUGAUUUCCUGGAAGUAGAUGCGAUCAGAAUGCUGCGUCUCAAGCUAUGGAGCUGUUGAAUGUUUUCAUCCAUCAUAUUUUAACAUAUCACGUGAUAAGUAAUUUUGUUUUGAUUGAUGUAAAUCUAAAUCCAAGUCACUAAGCAGUUGUUGAGGUUGCGAGUGCCUCAAUAUUACCAUUUUUGAAUACAUAACAAAAUAAUACGCGUAUUGGAUCUAUGAUAUAUUAGCCAUUCCGAGGUUGAGGGAAGACUGGAUAGAGUUGACAUAGUGCAAUGUGGGACUGUUUUAUUGGACAAAAAACUUAAGACACCAUCUUGAACUUAUUCCCCUCAAACAGUCCCACAAUGCACUGCAAUGUCAACUUGACCCAGUUUUUUCCUUGACCUCUGAAUGGCUAAUAAAUUUAAUCUGUAUGUAGUAGAUCCCUCAUUGAGGAGAUAAGAUGUUGUGUUACACAGGAUUGUGAAGCAGAAACAAAUUUGGUGCACAGAAGAAGUGAUUGCUCUAUUUCCAACAUGCAAAACUAGAUAGUUCACAGAAAUCUUGGUGUCCACAAUUUUGGGUGCACCAAUUUUUUUUUUUUACAAAUGUGGCUGUGGAUUUAUGGCAAGUAAAUUUUCAGACCACAAAAAAAUCGUCUCAAACUUAGAAAUAAAAGCUAUUUUUAACAGCCCACAAA